AUGCUUUUGCCACCACCGCCGCCGCCGCCGCAGGUGACGUAUGUCAUGAACUAGUCGUUGGUCCUGGCGCCGUUUUGCCUGCCGUUCAUUCACGCAUUCACGUGGGAACGCACGGUCGAGAUGCACGCGCGCACGCGUGUCUGGCGUGAUGCUAACACUCUUCUUCACCAGUCUGCGGUCCAGGCUGCAGAGAUGCCUGUAGAGGGAGAUGGCGGCCGCCUCGAAAAAGCCGAAAGGCACGUCUUCUUGCAUCGCAUAAUAUGCUAUUUUAUACACAUUUAUGCUUAAGCACUAGAUCUUUUAUCACACAAAUUAAGUGACUUCGGCGAGGUACCGUGGAAGCAAAUAAGUCAGUCCAGAAUCGGUCUUGCGUGUUGGACACAAUCGAAAUAAACGUUAGACCCGUAACGAGUGAUGUCUUAACGACACGGUGGUGACUGGCGUGAAGUAUUACCACCCUUUGUGUCAAACAGCGGACUAAAUUACAUUUAAAGUUUAACGGUACGAAACUCUCAAAGUUGGUGCAUUGCCCGAACCAGGUUUUCUUACGAUGGACGCUACUUCGAAUAUGGCCGUCGGGCCUUCUGCUCAGAAGAGCAUCCAGAAAGGGAAGCGUGAAUUAGUUAUUAGUGAGGGUGACUGGCAUGACUUAUACCUCACCCCGAGUUUACGCAUAUCAUGUUAGAAAAGCCAGUAAGGCCACUGUGCGCAGUUCGAUCUCGAAGAUACUUAAAAAAAGAAUUUGUCUAAGUACUUAGGAUGCGAUUGCAGCCUUCUUGGAAAGAACAUUCGCAAUCGUGUCCACUUUGUGUUCACCGCAGCAAUUUGAUCAAAAGCUUACACCUUUUCGCAAAAUAAGAGCCAAUUUUAUUUUUGAGCAGGUUAUCGCCUCCCGCGAGAAUUUCGGCCUCGUCGAAUAUGAAUGUGUGCUCGGAUCCCCUCUAUCACUCUUGUCUGCCGCUGAUGAUGGAUGCGGGUGAGAAUCCGUCAGGUUUUUCAAUGAUCGCAACUUCUAGAGUAAGGUUACUGCGCCUCUGUGUAGUAUGUAUGCAAAACAGAAGCCUGGUUGCAGGGGAAACAUGCAGUGAACAUUCAAGAGAGCACAAGUGUUAAGUCCUAGACGAGGCGGCAAAGUGCAUUGCGUGGGGAAACAUCAUAGGCCGGAGGGCGGCCAAUCAGCACCUACAAGUUCCAGCCAUGGCCUUGAGCGUUGGCUUGCCAGGUGCAUGUCACGUGACUCCGAGACACCACGGGCAGUACAUAGUGCACUAUCUUGUCAAUAACCGUUUAAACGUAGGGGAGAGGGACGACAGAGAAUGCGGGUAGAUGGAUGCAAUACUGUUUCGACUUAUGCCGCCUUUACCUAGCCAAUCAUAACCCUGGCCACCAGCUGGGACCAGAUGCACAAGCAUGUGUUCGUGCAGGGCUGAAUAAGCCCGAAACAGUACUGUAUCAAGCUACCCACAUUCUCUUUCGUCCCGGCGCCUCUGUUAUUAUUAACUUGGUCGACUUCGGUCUGGUAGUUGGUUACCUGUAAGCGGCCUUUGCCACUCUCACGGAGCUGCUUUGCUUCGGGAGGCCAGUAGAUGGGCGUGCGCCCAUUACCGAUUACUUAGACGGGUGUCAGCCUCAAUCAUAAACGCUGGUGCUGUCUUUAGCCUUCGAAAUUCGUCCAUCUCUACCUCACUUAAGAGCGUACCCUUCCACGACAACCAGCCAUGCUACUGAGAAUUAAAUCUUUCUACUCACCUCAAGUCUGACUAUGUCUCCUUUGCCUUACGACGAAAACCUCGUCCCCUAUCUUGAAGUACCCUCCUCAUUUCUUAUCCUCAGCGUGCUUCUUUGAAGGUCGCAGUUCCGUGGUAUCUUAUACUGUAGGCUCCACCUGUUUAUCAGUGUCGCUACUGAUGUAACGCACUGCAAUAUUGUAGGCUUUCACUCCAAGAUUUCGCCUCCCCUUUUUCUCCCUCCUCGCCUAUCCCCUCUUCGCCCUCUUCCUUCCUUCGUCGUCGUCGUCGUCGUCGUCUUCUUCUUCUUCUUCUUCUUCUUCUUCUUCUUCUUCUUCUUCUUCUUCUUCUUCUUCUUCUUCAUGUUCUCAGUCCAGCAGCCAAAACCUGA